GGGAGGGGAGGGGGGGGAGGGCCGGGGGCCGGUGCGGGAGGGGGCGCCCGCCUGCUCAGCGGCUCGCGCGACUGGUCGUUGCGGGCCGGUGAUAUGCCUGUGAGCUGCGGAGCCUGCGGCCCCCAGGAAUUCACAAAAGGAAGGAAGCAUGCAAACAAUGGCACCAAAGGAGUAAAGGACAAACCACUCUGGGACCAUAAAGGAUGUGGCUACUGUUUGGGCAAAGAGGGAUAGAUGAGAUGUACCAGGUCUUCCUCAAGAAGGGAAGUCCUUGAACUGAUCUAUGAAGAGUAUUUUAUGGAUUAAUUCUUCAUUGAUUACAUACAACAGCAAUAUAGUUAUGGCGACCUUCCAGACUUUGAGAAACAGUCACAUGAAGACUAGAACAUCUGUCAGAAGAAGCUUCAGUGAAGAUGUGUUCCAGUCUGUCAAGUCUUUAUUACAGAGUGAGAAGGAACUAUGCAGUAUAUCAGCAGAGGAUUGCUUAAAGCAGGAUGAACAUGCCAAUUUGACUGAGGUCACAUUUCUAGGUUUUAAUGAAGAAACAGAUGCUGCUCAUAUUCAGGAUUUAGCUGCAGUUUCUUUGGAACUUCCAGAUCUUCUGAAUUCACUGCACUUCUGCAGUCUAAAUGAAAAUGAAAUUAUUUGUAUGAAGGAUAUAAGUAAAUCAUCAGAUACAAACAGUGGUCCUCUAAGUCAGAGUCAGCAUUCUGGAAUGCUCUGUGUCAUGAGAGUGUCACCUACGUUGCCAAGACUCAGAAUUGAUUUCAUCUUUAGUCUCCUAAGUAAAUAUGCUACUGGUAUAAGAUAUACCUUGGACACGUACUUGCAUCAGAAGCGCCAACUUGAGACUGCUAAGGAAGAUGAUGAUGACACCAAUCAGUCCGUGUCUUCCAUAGAGGAUGACUUUGUCACUGCUUUUGAGCACUUAGAGGAAGAAGAGACCUCAAAGCCAUGCAAUGAUGGAAUAAAUAUUACCGCACUAAAGAGCCAGUGUGAUGCUGCUUCUCAGACUUCUUCUGGUCACCAGGUAGAAACCCAUGAUUUAAGGAUUCUCGUCAGCUCUGGGAGGCAGAAGUCAUUGGCUAAACCUUCAACUUCCUUAAUAAAUAUUCUGGGACAUAAAGAACUACCUUCUGUGAAAACUUCAGUGACUACAUUAAUUACUGAGCCGUGGAUCCAAAAGAGUUUCUAUAGGUCAUGUAAUGCUUCAGAUAAAGGUGGUAAUGCACAGAAAACGUUUUUGUCUUCUUCGCCUGCCUACUCUUCUGAAUCUGAAUGCUCCAGUCCAAGUCCUGUUAUUUUCUUGGAUGAAGAGGGUUAUCAGAAAAGUUUAAAAGCAAAACUUGAGUUACCUAAAAUUCCUGUGAUGAAAGAUGAUAUAGAGGAUUCGGACUCAGAAGUGAGUGAAUUUUUUGAUAGUUUUGAUCAGUUUGAUGAACUUGAGCCAACUUUAGAGACGUCCUGUCCUUUUCCAAAAGAUCCUGUCCUAGGAAAGACAUCACAAAAGAAAGGACACAAACAUGAAAAAUCUUGCUCUGUAACCACUGCAAUGAAUCCUCAAAAAUUCAAGUUUGAUCGUCCAGUCCUCCCGGCUAAUGUUAGGAAGCCAACUCCUCGUAAGCCAGAAUCCCCUUACAGCAACCUGUGUGAUGCUCCAGAUUCACCACGCCCAGUGAAGGCAUCAGGGGAGGACAGCGGCUUGUUUAGCCCUGUUCGAUCCUCUGCCUUUAGUCCUCUUGGAGGCUGUCCUCCUGCUGAGUGUUUUUGCCAAACAGAUAUCAGUGGAGCUCGGCUUCAUGAGAGUCAUGAUUCUCUUUAUUACACCUAUGAGGAUUAUGCCCAUAGCAUUUCAUGUGAGGUGCUCAGCUCUGUUCUUCAUACCCAGCACCCUGACAUAACCCCAGACACGAAGAGUAUUAAAAAAGGAGAAAAUAAAACCAUAGCUCUGAAGAGCGAAAGCCUUGAGCCAAAAAGUAAAUCUAACAAUAAAUCCUUGAUGAUUAAAGAUAGCAUUCAGAAAUUUGCAUCUGAUCUUGUGGAAAAAAGUUUGGGCAGUGCAUUUAAAGACUUACAGAAGGGAGUCUCUUCAUGUACCAACGCGUUGUGUCAUUUAGCCAUCAAAUUGACGUCCUCCAUUUUUCAGGUGGCAUUUAAUGAACUGAGAAGGCAGUGUGCGUUUUCACUGAGAGAACGUGCCAUCAGCGGGCUGGCUAAUUUUUUGGUGAGUGAAGCUUUAGCAAGUGCUUUACAGGAUUUACAAUACGUAAAAAAGCAGAUAUUCACUAACACGGUUGCUAGGUUUGCUGCAGAUCUUGCCGAAGAGCUUGUUUUUGAAGGCAUCAUGGAAGUGUGUCAGUUUUCCUAUCCUCCAACACCCGCAUCUCCACAGUGGUGGUCGUCAGACUGUGAGGACAGAGUAGUGAAGUCCUAUGCAAAAGACUUAUCUGAGUCUGUUAUACAGGAAGCAUUUAUUGAGCUUUCGCAAGUUGAUGUGACCUUCACGACCAAGGCAGCAGUUAGUGUUUCUACAGAUAACAUAAAGUGUGUGAGCACAGAAAAUUUAAUGCCAUCGACACAGACUUCCAUGUUUUCCCCUGCUUGGAACAAUCAGACCGUAACAGUGACAAGACCCAUGCAGGACUAUAAAAAGGAGUACACAGUACAGCAGGCCUUGUUUUGUACAUCUGGAGUUGUUACUUCCAUACCAGUGCCCUUGGCAGGAAGUGCCCUUCUCCCAUACCAGAUUUCAUCUAACAUAUAUCAGGCGAAGUCUCUUCGGUCAUCUGAUGAUAGUAAUUUGAAUGGCGAUUUUACCCAGACACAUGUCACCACAAAAAGCAAAGAAGAGGAAGUAGCAUGUCUCAGAAAUAUUUGUUUACCCUCAGACUACAAUCCAGGUAACCAGAAAGAAUUUAAACCAACUAAUGAUGAUAUCGAAAUACAGAGCUCUUCAAAAUUAACAAGUGAUCCUGUGAUUAUUAGCAACUUUUCCACCUCAGUGGUGCACACGAUUGUAAAUGAAACAUUAGAGUCAAUGACAUCCUUCAAAGAUACAAAAACCAUUGAUGAACACACAGAUUGUGUAACUAUAGCAGUAAAGGGAAAACCCCUUCCCUUCCACUCUGAUCAAGGAACACUGCAACAGAGCGAAGCUAGCAAUGAGGACUUGUUUGCCGAUCAUUUAUCUAAAACUAUUAUUAAACAUUCCAUAGAUAAAAGCCAAUCAACCAUCCCAAGUGUAGAUAAAAAUGCCGGACCCAAAGAAAGCUUGUUUGUUUCCAGAGAAGAGUCACAGUUGACCUUGGAAAAGUUCCCCAAAUUUCUUGAUGCUCAAGAUCACUUAACCCACUGUUCACUUUCAGCAGGAAAGGAUUGUGCUCCCAAAUGUAAAUGUUCUUCGGCUCAUGGCUCUUCUGUAGAGACAUUCCCACCAUGUCCAACAACUGCUGGUCAAAAACCCAAUCUGAAGGAAGCUGCUAAAGACAAACCUGUGACAAAGCAUAAUGUGAAUAAUACAGCACUUGAGCACUUGUCUUUUGGGCAAGAGCACCCUUUUCCUCAUUCACAUACUUUCUCGUCCACAGUGCUUCCAUGUGUAGAUGGUUUGCAUGUGGAAGACAAACAGAAAAUUAGAGACGGAAAUGUAAUACCUGAUACUCCUCCCUCCACUCCUCUCGUACCAUCCCGGGCUGGUUCUGAAUGGGAUAUCAAGAAGUUAACCAAAAAACUCAAGGGGGAAUUAGCAAAAGAAUUUGCACCUGCUACACCUCCCUCUACACCACACAACUCAUCUGUGGGCAGUUUGUCUGAAAAUGAACAAAAUACCAUAGAAAAAGAAGAGUUCAUGUUGAAACUCAUGCGAUCUCUUUCAGAAGAAGUUGAAAGUAGUGAAGAUGAAGGGCAUCCGGAAGUGGAUGUGAAGCCUGAGCACUCAGGGAAGAAAGUUCAGUUUGCAGAAUUGUUAGCUACCCACAUUGUCUCUCUUGCCACGGAAAUGGCGGCUUCCCACCUGGAUAAUAAAGUCAUUCAAGAACCCAGGGUGAAAAGCCCUUGCUUAAAUGCACAAAGUCGAAGCAGCGUGUCACCUACCGUUUUCAAUCGCUCGGAGGAAAAUUUACAAACAUUACACAAUUUUGCGGGUGAUCUGGCAGCGGAAGUCAUUACGGAAGCUGAGAAGAUAGCAAAAGUUAGAAGUUGUGUGCUUUUCAGGCAAAGAAAGAAUAGUUGUUACAUUGACGGUGGCCGAGAUGAUCGAUCAGAAGAGAAGCUGGAUAGAGAGGCUGUAGCCCACUCAAGAGAAGUGGAACCAUUCAUUCUUUCGUUACCACCAGGCUCCUGUAUGUCCGGUCUGACCUACAAGUAUCCCAGCUGUGAAAGCGUGACAGAUGAGUAUGCAGGUCACAUUAUCCAAGUGCUGAAACAGGAAGGCGGCAAUAGUGAGUUGUUAAUGGACCAGUAUGCCAACAGACUUGCUUAUCGGUCUGUUAAGUCAGGAUUGCAAGAAGCCGCUAAGACAGCCAAAAUGAAGUGCAGCUCAAGAAUGUUCCCCAUGCAGAGCUCACAGGUGAAGACCAAGAACGAACUGUUCAUAUUCUUGAAUAAAGAACACCACCGAGAAGCAGAUAAAGAACGGCCAAGUAAAAGAAACGGAGGUUACCUUUGUAAAAAUCAAACUGGUGAGUGGACGCAGGACACACAUAAAAAUGAGUGCUCUGAACUGUAUAGUUUUUCAGCUUCUCUUGCUCACAGCAUAACAAGAGAUGUUACAAAAGAGCUGACAGCGUCUGCAGGUGGCUUGCCAAAAUCCUUAACAGAUUCUUGCCUUUAUGAAAAGUCUGGACGUGAUGAAGACCCCGAGUCUCACAUCGAGCCAGAAUUUCUUCAGUCUCUUCAGCCUUCCUCACAAAGUCACAGAUUUUACCACAGUACGGGCAGCUUAAGUGGGUCUGGUUAUGGAGAGAAUGUUGUUCAAGCUAUAGAGCAGUAUGCCAAGAAGGUAGUGGAUGACACUUUAGGGCUCAGUUUAGGAUCCACAGUUUUCCAUGGGUCUGAGUCCACAAAAGCAGCCGAUAGGGUCACUUAUGCAGAAAAGUUGUUACCUCUUACAGACCAAGCUUGCAGAUACUGUGACCGUAAAGAACUACACGAUUGCACUGGAAAUUCAUCUCUGCACACUUCCAGACAGGAUUCACUUGCUCGUAGUAAGCCAGUUUCUAAUUCAAAACUUAGCAACAUCUGUCAGGAAUCUAGAAUUUUCCAUCUUGAUGUCCCACAAAUUCAUGUUGGUCUCGAUAAGAAGACAGUGCUUGCUGAAAAGAUCGUUGCGGAAGCUAUUGAGAAAGCAGAGAGAGAGCUGAGCAAUACCAGCUUGACGGCUGAUAGCGGAAUUGGACAAGAUGGCGUUAGCUUUGCUGAGAGCCUUACCACAGAAAUAAUGACGUCAGCAAUGACGAAUGUUGGAUGUGCAGUCAGCAGUCCAAAAGAAAUAGAGUUUCAGUCAACUGAGUCUUUUGGCAGCCAGCAGAUGAAUCUCAGUAUUGGUGAAGAUAGCACUGGCAGCUGGUCCAAUUUAAGUUUCGAAGAUGAGCAUCAGGAUGAAAGUAGCAGUUUUCAUCACCUAAGUGAAAGUAAUGGUAACAGCAGUAGCUGGAGCAGUCUUGGUUUAGAAGGAGAUUUGUAUGAGGACAAUUUAUCCUUUCCAACAUCAGACAGUGAUGGGCCAGAUGAUAAAGACGAAGAUCAUGAGGAUGAUGGAGAAGGUUUGGGGCAAGACAGAAAGAUCCUGCUCAUUACAAAUACCGACAUGGAGCCGUGUGCAGUAGACCCCCAGCUGAGGGUUAUUCUUCAGUGGCUCGUUGCUUCUGAGGCCGAAGUGGCAGAACUUUACCUUCAUGACUCUGCAAAGAAGGAAUUCAUACAACUCUCCCGACGAUUACAAGAGAAGGGAUGGAAGGUGGGGGACGUCCUGCAGGCCGUGUUGCGGUACUACGAAGUGCGGGAGAAGCCUGGCGCCCAGGAGAGCUGCCAGUCCCUGUUUGACUGGCUCUUGGAAAACGCGUAGUACAGCCCUGCAGCUGGUACAGUCUACCUUCUGGGGAGAGGAAGAAGCAGUGACAGAUGCAGAGGGUAAACUUUGAAUAUGAACACUGAUAGUGAACUGGGAGGGAAAUAGAGCUUUUUCUGCACACUCAGCCAUCCCACGUUGUAUAUAGUUCAUACUUUUGUAAUCUUUGUCAGAUAUUACCUUCAUCACUAUUCUCUACACCUGUGUAGUGUGUUAAGACCCUAAGAACAUUGAUUUGAAUGAAGGAAGGUGUGACCCUGAGGUUUUCAGGAACAUUGACUGACAGCAUUCUUUUUUGUAUCCAAAUCGUGCUGCUACAGCCCACACUGAGGUGGCUGAGGGGAGGCUCCAAGGCCAGACUUCUCAUUCUGCUCCUUUGCAAAACAUGCUAUUCUGUUGAGAACUAACCUGACAAAAGAGCUUUGAGGUCAAUGGGUCCCCCCCCGCCAUAAAAUUUCUCUCUUAUAUUUAGAAGUCAAUUUUAUUUUCAUAGCUCAGCUAUCAGUAGCUUUUUGAAUCCCCCAAAAUAUUUAAUUUCCUAGAAACAUACUAGUAUUUUAGGUUUGUAUAAAUACCAUCAAUGAUAGUUUCCCCAGCCUUUCAGCAAAUGACAUUAUUUGCUAAUGUUACCAAUCCAUCUGGCAUGAAAUUUGUGUGUGUGUAUGUGUGUGUAAGGGAGUACUUUAACCUUGCCUAGUGGGUUUUUGUGCCCUUUUUUAUUUUACUGUUUUCUUGGUUAGAAACCCACUGUUGACGUCUAAAAGGUGCUUUAAAAUAAAAUGUCUAUAAAGAUUGUGCAGUAAGAAUUUUUAUUUCUUUUUUUGACUAUUUUGGGUCCCUAAUUUAUCCUAUAAAUGAAAAAAAGAAAAGGUGCAAAACUUUAAAUUUUAAAAAUUAAUAUUAAUACGGAAAUACAUUUAAAGAAGCCCAGUAAUGAUUUUCAUCGUCAGAUUUUUGAAGGAAAAAAAACACACACACAAAACUCUCUGCUUAACAAGGAUAAGUUUUUUCUAGAAAACCGGGAUUCCCGGCUCUCCUUUUCCCCCCAAUAAAAUGGUAUCUGCUCUAUUUUGUAAAGUCGCCUGACAUGAGUUUUUUGGGCUCCAUGUUUUCUACUGCUUUGUCUUUAGAAACCACAAGUUGACUUGAAUAGAGGACCAGACUCUGUCUUGGUUUUUCAUGUGAGGGUAUGUCCGUGUAAAUUUUUGGUUCUCCAUUAGCAUAAAUCUAGAGUAAAGUCACUUUUUGUUGGGGACUUUGGUUUUGCUCCAUUACAUUUUCUUUUUUCCUGAGCACUGACUGUUCUGGAAGCUGCACAAAGUGUAGAAUACCUAGCAUCCAGCUAGGGGCAAGGAAUAAGCUCUUACAUUAAUUUGAAUUAAUCAUUAUGGUAGAGAAAUGUAUUUUAUAAAGAGAGAGUAAAAUUUGCCUUUUAGGAAAAAUGCCAAAAGUACAUAAAUAGUUUAAGGUUUUAGCAUAAACUUUGGUUUUUCUCAAUUUAAAAUAAAGAAAUAGAGCAAGCCUUAAACAUAAAUUUUCCCAAAGUUUCUUCAAGUAUUUUUUAAGGUGGAAAAAUGCAGGAGAUCAAUAGAUAUAUUGAUAUAUAAUUCACUAAAUAUAGCCAGAAUGGUUUCUGUCUUUAGCUUCUCAGAACUUGAGAUGCAGCAGCACUGGACUGGGUUUGUACACGCUAGGAACUGGGUUUUUGAUUAGAACAUGGAUUAUUAAGUUUAGAUUAAAUUUUCACAAGUAUAUAACUAUCAAGUUGUGUUUAGUAACUUCGAUACAUGUAUGGAUUUGAUUAACAACAAAUUGAGUUCUGAAUUUCUUUUAAACUAAAGUGAAAAUAUAUUCAUUUUGUAAAACUUUCUGUGCUUGAAAAUGUUUUGUUUCUAUCUCUUAUGGUAAUAAUCAUUUUGAAGUAAGAUUUUCCUCCUAUCCUUGUUUUCUCUGCAUUUACCUGGAGCUGUGCGGGACUCAGAGUUCCUUUAUGUAGCCACAAUGUAAUGACAGACCAGUAUUUAGGUGUUAGCAUGUGUGUGAGAAUUCUAAUGGAACUCUACCCUUGUAUCAGUUUAGGGGCGUAGAGGAAAAUAUUAAGUAUUGGCACAUGUGAAAAGAAGCGGGAGUAAAGCUCCUUAUAUGGAGAGAAGUAUCUUAAUCAAGGACAGUUUAAACAUACUUUCUUCAGAGGCACUUUGUGAUUAUUCCAAAGACAUCUUAUGUCUGUUUGGUUGCUUGGUUUGUUGAGAGGACCACCCUCCCCCACCCCCGUCUCAUUUUAUUACAAAUCUCCUUGACAUAUUUAUAUUAUAACAUUGUAAUCUUGCCGUUCUGUGCAUUUUGGCCCUUAUGAAAUUACCAUAUUGUGAUGUGUUAUGCAUUGAGUUGAAUUCUCUGUUUACCAAUUUCAGAACCUUUGAAGUAUUUGGGAAAGAAAGUGAAUGAGGCCUCUGAUAAGGGUUUUUUUUUUUUUUUUUUUUAGAACAUUAUUUUCGACUGAAAUGUAGCAAUUCUUUCAUAUUCUUCUUUUCCCAAGCCAAGUUUAAAUACAUUUAUAUUUUGGAGAUUAUUAAUGUUGAUUUUGAAAGUAUUUCCUGAUUUAUACAAAAUGAAUGAUUCAUUUAUAAAUCACAGAUGAAAAUUAAAAUCUCUAUUGGGAUGGUUGAUAGAAUUUAAUGGAGUAAUAAAACCUUUAAGAGUAUUCACUCAGUGAAUACGUGUGAUAACAUCUUUAUACUUUGAAAAAUGUUCCACUUACCCUUUCAGAUAUUUGAUGUGAGUUAAUUCAAUUCAUAAUACUUCCAUUUUGCUUAAAUAAGGGUUUUGUGUUGCUGGUAGGAGACUUUAAUUACCUAUUAAAUGUACCAUGUAUAAAGUGAAAGAUCAUUUAUCCACAUGGCUUUGACAUCAGUGCACAUUUCCUAAAUGCAAAUCUUAACCCUGACUCAUCAUUGGAGUCCAGACUCAAGAUGUCUUCUUAGUUAAUUAUUUAGCUAAUAAUAUUCUUUCAUGGUUAACUAUCAAUUUCCCAUCAGUAUGUUGCUUUAAAUUCUGUAUUUCUCAAAAGAAACUUUCCACAGUUUAAAAAAUAUACGCAUCCCCACUCAGGGUAUAGGAAAAAUACAUUUCCAUUUAAAACCCUGCCCAUCUGUCACCAGCAUAAGACAGUUAGAGCUUCAGUGGGAAUUCUGUGAUUAUACUAAAGUGGAAUGCAUUUUUUUCCCAUUUUUAGCAAAAGACCCGACUUGCAUUUACUCACUUACUGUAUCUCUGCUCUGAAGAUGCAGGUGCAGUGUUGGUCACUCUUGUCACUUUAUUUAUUUAUUAUUAUUAUUAUUUUUUUUUACCAUCCAUGUACAUUCCUUUCACAUGGUAGAACUAUAGCUCUAGAAGUUCAUUGUUUUGUUUUUGUUGUAAUGUCUGAAUACUAUUUAAUACCAGGUUUUAAUAUUACUGGAUUUGCUAACUUUGGUUACUUGUGCAGUGUUUAAAGUAAUUUCACAUUCUUGUUUAAUAUAUAUAUAUAUAUAUAUAUAUAUAUAUAUAGCCAAAGCAGCUUUGAGUAAUUGCAGCUGUUUAUUUGUGCAGAAUUACUACAUUAUGAUAUUGUAUAACAGUAACUUUUUUUGGCUUUUCUGUCCUUUGAUAUGUUCAUUUACCAAAAUACAAACUCCAGGAUGCACUAUACUUUUGUUUUUGCAGUGGCUCAAAAUAAACAUUUCAGAAAUUACCUUUGUAAUCAUUUGCAAUUAAUUGUUCUUUUAUCUUUUAUGAGUUGUUUGUCUGUGAUCUUUCCUCUCCCAAACUAAGAAUUCUCCAAUAAACGUAAGAGAUGCCUGG